AUUGUAAAACUAUUUUAUUAAAAAUCGAUUCGUAACACUCACUAUUUAGAUAUACUUUCAGGCGAUACAAGUACACCCACAGAGCAACGAGCAAAAACAAUUUUCUCUUCAAUUCAAUUACAGUUAACUGGGAGGUGGCAAUUGUGGGUGGCGGAGGAGGCGGAAGCUUUGGGAGGGCGGUUAGAAGACGAGGCCAAGAGUGACGUCGUUUGAAGAGGGUCAGGAGGGCGGAGCGGGACAGACGAGGGGAAGGACAUGCAGAGCAACUGGAAAGCGCCGACAUCACAAAGGGUAUUAUAAAACAAAAACAAAAUGUCAAAACCCAAGACGAUUAUACGAGCGCCAGCCGCGCAGCUGCGUCAUCCGGUUUAUGGGUGUAUUGGUGGGGAGCCACCAUUGCUCUCUCCCACUUCCGUUUCCGCUGCCCGUCUCUCUUCUCCUCUCACCUUUUUGUGAGUCAUGAUGGCGACCGAACCGAAAGUUCUCUGCCGUUUGCUUGUGUGUGUGUGUGUAGAGAGAGCGCAGAGCCGGGUGUUUAUUGGAGAUUGCGAUUGUGGCUUGGCUUACCCACACACACACACACACACACUCGCACACUAGCAGCAAGGACAUGCUCCUGCCGCAGCAUCAAGAAGGAACGAAUCAAAGCAAGCCAACAAGCAAAUGCGCCACCAGAGUUGCCACUAAAAGUCUUCGUCGGUGGGUGGGUAGUGUGCGGUUAUCCCUCGCUCGCUGCUCCUUGCUGGCUGCUCGCUGCUCGAUGCUCUCUGCUCUUGCUGGUGGUGUGUGUUAGUGUGUCCUGUGCUGUGCUUUUUGUCCUCACACACACACACUCGCACACACUCGCACACUCCUCUGCCCACUCAGCGACCGCGGAUUAUAUCCUGCGAUAUGGUUUUUUCCUAGUCCGGGGUUGGCCCGUUGGCUGGUUGGCCGACUGCUGGAGUGGACACAUCACUGUUUAGCUCCUGUCACGCUUUUAUGAUAAAUCUGAAAUCCAGAAUCUGAAAUCGUACAUCGAGACGUUAACAUCAUCAUCGCCGCACAUUCGCAGUCGCCGUCGGAUCGGUUUGGUUCGGUUUCAUCAGCGGGAAUCGCAGGACACUCCAGUUCAGUUGCCGUCGCCUUUCUGUAAUUAUGGAGCUUAAUGAGACAUCCUACAAAAGUGUGUUUUAAAAGUGUAAUUUUAAAAAAUAACAAAAGGUGCUUCUUGUUGCUAAGACUUUUAAACUUCGUGUAACUUAAAAUCACACUCUAGUAAAACCAAAAUGAAUAAAGAAGAAAAUUCCUCCGAAACACGCCCAUCAUCUCAAGAGCACCACAGUCCCCAGCGGCAUUGCUAUACGCCGCCGCCGGCCCCGAUGCACGGACAGGCGCCUCCGCCCACUUCGGGGGGCGUGGCCCCGCCCUCACAGCAGCCGCCCCCUCAUCCCGCCGCCACCAACGUGUCCGCCGGUCGAUUGCUGAGCUGGAACCACAGUGCAGCUGCAGCAGCCGCGGCGGCAGCAGCAGCGGCAGCCAACUCCAUGAACCACUCGUCGUCCGCAGAAGCCUCUUCGAUGUCCCGGAUUAAGGGUCAGAAUCUGGGACUCAUCUGCGUGGUGUGCGGCGACACCAGCUCCGGAAAGCACUACGGAAUCCUGGCCUGCAAUGGCUGCUCUGGAUUUUUCAAACGCAGUGUGCGGCGGAAACUCAUUUAUCGCUGCCAGGCGGGAACUGGACGAUGUGUGGUGGACAAAGCCCAUCGGAAUCAAUGCCAGGCCUGCAGGCUCAAGAAGUGCCUUCAAAUGGGAAUGAACAAGGAUGCCGUGCAAAAUGAGCGACAGCCCCGCAACACGGCCACUAUAAGGCCGGAGACCCUGCGGGAGAUGGAACACGGACGGGCGCUGCGAGAGGCCGCCGUGGCCGUCGGGGUUUUCGGACCACCCGUGCUACUGUCUCCGCCCUGUUACGGCUCCGGACUCCUGCCCCCGCCCUCACUGGGCAGCCUGCCGACGGGAAGACUGCUGCACCACAACCACCUCACCUCCUCCAUGCAAUUGGCGGCAAACCACAUGGGCGCCGGAAGCUUUCCCAUGUUCAACGCCGCCGGAGUCCACCACUCGCCCAAGGAGAAGGCCUACGGGAUGGAGCUGGCCAGCAGUGGCAACGUCUCCCACUCGACCAACUCGAGCAGCAACCACUCCAUCGAUCCUAGCUCACCGGCGCCUGAAAACACCAAGGAGAAGAACAACGCCGGCGGCAGCGUCUCCUCCAUCAGCUCCUCCAGUCCCACGAUGGAAAACGACAAUGACGAUGACUCAAUUGAUGUAACCAACGACAACGAGGAGCCGCACACAGUCAGCAGAUCGGACUCCAGCUUCAUCAUGCCGCAGUUCAUGUCGCCCAAUCUUUAUGCCCAUCAGCAUGAAACAGUUUACGAAACGAGUGCCCGACUGCUCUUCAUGGCCGUCAAGUGGGCCAAGAACCUGCCCAGCUUUGCGCGUCUCUCUUUUCGGGAUCAGGUAAUUCUCCUAGAGGAAUCCUGGUCAGAGCUAUUCCUGCUGAACGCUAUCCAAUGGUGUAUCCCCUUGGAUCCUACGGGCUGUGCUCUCUUCUCGGUAGCGGAGCAUUGUAAUAAUCUGGAGAACAACGCCAAUGGGGACACUUGCAUAACAAAGGAAGAGCUGGCGGCGGAUGUGCGAACCCUCCACGAGAUCUUUUGCAAGUACAAGGCGGUUCUGGUGGAUCCUGCAGAAUUCGCUUGCCUCAAGGCGAUAGUUUUGUUCCGACCGGAGACCCGCGGACUGAAGGAUCCGGCGCAGAUUGAGAAUCUCCAGGAUCAGGCGCACGUAAUGUUGUCGCAGCACACGAAGACGCAGUUCACGGCCCAGAUCGCCAGAUUCGGUAGACUCCUUCUCAUGCUGCCACUAUUGCGAAUGAUCAGCUCCCAUAAGAUCGAGUCCAUUUACUUUCAGCGCACAAUUGGCAACACGCCCAUGGAGAAGGUCCUCUGCGAUAUGUAUAAGAACUAGUUAACUCGUGCUUUAAGUUA